GCUUCUGACUGAAGUAGCGGACAAACAUUAGUGUAUGUGUGUGUGUUUAUUCGCAGAAAGAUGCAGCUUAAGAUCAUUUACUUCCUCUCCAGGUAUCACCAGGGUUGAAGUGGUAUGUUGACGUACUCUGCAUAGGACUAACUGAAGGACAACACAAAGAAAAACAUCAAACAGACAUUCAAAAUGCUGGUGACAAUGCUAACAGCCAUUUACAUGAUGGUGAGAGUUGCUGAACAGUUGGGCAUUCGGUGGGUGCGUCAGCCGGAGCCUCUGCCGUACAUGGUGUCUCAGCCCCUGCCGUGGCAGGUCCACAAUGUUUCCCAGGGCCGAAGAAGAAGUCGUACAGAGGAGUCCGAGGGCCACAGAAGGAACAGCAUAGGAGUUUACAGAAAGAACACUUCAUCCAGUAAUGGGUACUCUACUUCAACAGAGUCUUCAUCUCCAGACAAGGCAGCAUCUACUAUUCAGAACCAGUACAGAAAGUACCAGCAGAAGAAACAGAAAGAUCACAAAUGAAAUGUCAAGCAAACUAUGGUCAACUGUUGACUUUUGAAGUGUCACUUUUGCACUGAUCAAGACCCUGUAUUUUCCUCCCUGAACCCAAACCUCAGAAACUGUGCACGUGCAAACCUGGUCUGGUUUCAGUGUUUAAGAGCAGCUUCAGUGAUUGUCACGUAUUCUGAUUUACAGAUUGCUGUCACCUGCACGAACACACACUGUCAUACAAUGAUAAACAUUUUACAGCAUUUACUGAUAACGGACACCACAGAGGCACACAAACACUUACAGAUUGGAAGAUAUAAAGAUAAUUAAGUGUGUUAUGCACACAACACAGUGCACAAACAUAAUAUGAAAAAUACACAUCUGUUAUUUGAAAGAGAGGUGUGUAUUUUUCAAUCACAAAUUUACAGCUAAUGCAACUGUAAGAGUGCUUUUUAUAAAUUGCCAUGCCAAUAUAUAAUCACAUUCAAAAAAACGUUUCAUAAAGUCCAAGUUUUCCUCUAAGGUGUAGUGUCAUUCUUCCCUCUACUGGUGAACUAGUGGAAGGGAUGCAAAGGAAAAAGUCUUACACCAUAUCAUAGAAGACACUGAAUAUAUACAUAUCUAUGAAAAUUCUAAAUAUUUACAGUAGUUAUUCAUUUUGAAUAUACAAUAUAAAACAGAAUAUGUGACUCUGAAUUCAUUGAACUUUAGGCUCAGGCACACAGACAGACAUACUUAUUUUUAACUUUUUAGAAUUUCUACUAUCAUGAAUUGAAUAGAUAGAUAGAUAGAUAGAUAGAUAGAUAGAAAUAAAUAUAAUUUCUAGUACAUUUUGUCACAGCUUGAUUUUAUUGUGUUCUAUCCAAUUAAAUUUGUAAAAAGAAAUUAAGUUUAAUUAAUCCAUUUGAGUUGGGGCUACAUUAAAACUUUUUGUGGUCUUAAUGUAGCAUUUAUGAGUAGCUUGUAGUGUAGUGCUUCUUUGAUCUGUAAGCAGUAGCAAUUAAAUUGACAGUGCAACGAUUUCACUGCCCUUACACUUGAUUACCUGGCAUAUGCUAAUGAUUACUAAAAUAAAUUAAGUUGGGCCAACAUAAGAACAUUUAUUUAAAAAAAAAAAAAAAAAAAAAAAAAAAAACUUACCCUCAAAAAAAAGAAAAGAAAGAGAAAAAAAAAGAAAAUUAUUUUUGCACUCUAAUCUCUGUCUUGGCUAGUGCAGAUGCAAUUGAAACUUUGUAACGUAGCACUUUUCAUGUUACUGUCUCCUUAAGAUGAAUCACUUAUGUUGUAUCCUUCCCCAUUUUGUUAGCUGCUUUGAAUAAAAGUGUCUGCUAAAUGAAUAAAUGUAAACGUAAAUGUAAAACCUUAGUAAAUUGAGUUUGACGAACCUAAUGGAGUUGAGUUAAAGGUAUAUUUCGGAUUCAGUAUAAGUUAAGAUCAAUCAACAGCAUUUGUGGCAUAAUAUUGAUAACCACAAAGAUUAAUUUUGACUUGAUUUCUUCCCUUUUUCUCCCCAAUUUGGAAUGCCCAAUUCCCAAUGCACUCUAAGUCCUCGUAGUGACUCGCCUCAAUCCUCCGCAUGUGAGACCAUCAACCUGCACAUCUUAUCAUGUGGCUUGUUGAGUGUGUUACCGUGGAGACAUAGCACGUGUGGAGGCUUCACACUAUUCUCCGCGGCAUCCACGCUCAACUCACCACGCGCCCCACCGAAAGCUAACCACAUUAUAGCAACCACGAGGAGGUAACCCCAUUUGACUCUACGCACCCUAGCAACCGGGCCAAUUUGGUUGCUUAGGAGACCUGGCUGGAGUCAUUCAGCACACCCUGGAUUUGAACUCGCGACUCCAGGAGUGGUAGUCAGCGUCUUUACUCGCUGAGCUACCCAGACCCCUGCCCCUCCUUUUCUUUAAAAAAAAAAAGAAAAAAAAAAAGAAAAAAAAAAAGAAAAUCCGUGUUUCAGUGAGGCAUUUGCAAUGGAAGUGAAUGGGGCCAAUUUGUAAGCGUUAAAAUCUAUUUAAAAGUAUAGCCACAAGACAUAAACAAUAUGUUGUGUUAACAUGAUUUUAGUGUAAUAAAAUCGCUUAUUAACCUUUUCUGUUUAAAAUCAUAGCCAGUUUUACAACUUCCUUGCCAUGAAGAUGUAUUGUCAACAAAACCCUAAAAUGACUGUAAAAAUUAUGAUUUAAA